AUGGAACUGAAACCUCCAGAAAAUCAAGUUAAGGGAAAAACACUUGAAAGCUCGGAAGAUGAGAGAAUCAUCUUGAAUAACGACGAGAACUUAUCUCACAGGAAAAUUGUCAGCCGUUUGAGUAGCAGUUCGGCCAUAAAGCCGCCUAAACUUUGCGAGGAAUACAAGAAUCUUGUGGUUGUCAUAGUAGAUGCAAAACCAGAUAUUGUCUUGGAGGAAAUGAUGGAGAAGUUGAAUACCCAGUUUAUGGGUCCCGAAAUCGAAAAAUCUUUGUUUCACGACUUCCUCACCAAUAAAUGA